AUGACCGUCGCGGACACGGGCGUGUGGCUGCUGCGCGCGUACGUGAAUCUGCUGCUGCUCGUCCCGCGCCUGCUCCUCGAGCUCAACUUGGCGUGGAACCCCUUCGUGAUCCUCGCGCGCAGAGCUCUCAGCUCCGUCUUCAAGACCAUCACAGCAACCACUACUACUACUACUAACACUAUGGCGGACGACAACGGAAUGCGCUGGCUGCAGCCUGGAGAGCGCGGCGGCGAGCGCGUGGCCAUCGUGAGCUACCCGCGCUGCGGCAACUCGCUCAUGCGCGGGUUGCUGGAGAAGGUCACGGGCGUCUACACGGGCUGCGACACCAGGCCCGACCGGUCGCUGAGCAAGGAGCUGCAGCAGUACGGCAUGAAGGGCGAGGGCGUCGUGGACGAGUCGGUCUGGUUCGUCAAGACGCACUUCCCGGAGCGCGUGGGCUACAAGGAGUUCCCCGUCAAGAAGGCCAUCCUCGUGGUGCGCAACCCCUGGGACGUCAUCGACUCGUACUUCAACAUGACGCUCACCAACACGCACAACAAGAGUCUGCACGAGUCGCAGUACGAGCGUUUCGCCGAGCGCUGGGACGGCCUGCUGCGCAACGAGAUCGACGUCUGGAUGAAGUUCCACCGCUACUGGACCGCCAAGGUGGACAUCCCCAUCAUCGUCGUGCGCUACGAGGACCUGAUGAUGCACCGUGAGGAGACGCUGCGCCGCGUGUUCCUCUUCUUGACGGACCUGACGACGCUGGAAGGCACGGAGUGGGAGCAGCGGAUCCACGAUGUGAUGGCAACCGGCGGAGACAAGGCGGGCCCGUACAAGCCUCGCAGCGGCAAGAUUGGAGGAUCCUUCCGUCAUUACUCGGAGGAGCAGUUCCAAUACAUACUCAAGACGGCGAACCUGCCCCUGCGUGGAUUCGGCUACGACACGGAGACGCAGAACUUCCCGAAGGAGAUUACGCUCCCGAAGCGGCAGGUGAAGCCCGGCAAGAGUGCCGACGCCAAGCUGCUGAUCUCGAUCGACCCGGCCAUGGAGAUCCGCAAGAAGAACGACUCGUUCGGCCGCGGAUCGACCUACUUCCGACGAGCGCUGACGGAGCCCGUUAUUGCCAUGGAUGGCACGGAGCUGAACAUGGAUGAGGUGCUUGCCGCGAGGGAGCGGCUGCAGGCCAAGAAGGACGAGAAUGACGCGACGAAGAAGCUGCAGGAGCUUACUGUGGAGGAUGCUGACACAGAGUAA